GAGCUUUGCAUCACCUUCGUGACGCCCUCCGUCACGCGCUGCCGCCACAGAACAGUGCAUCAUGUCAGGCUGAGGGCUGGCUAUGAGUCGAUGACCGUGCAGGAUCUGAAGGCGGAGUUAAAAAAGCCGUGGCCUUACCGUGACAGGACGCAAGAGCGUGCUGAUCCAGCGCCUGGCUGA